UGCGGUCUUAUUGUAUCUAAGUACCAUCUAUUAUUAUUUGUCGCAUGCUCUAUAUUUGAGGACAGCUUCGAUGUCAUCCAGCUAGAACAUUUCCAUUUUCUGCUGACUUCUUUUGCCCUUCUGCACAAUAUGUCCCCUGACCAAAAGCGCGUGACGCUUUCACCUAGGUAGAACCCACUUACCAGAGCAGGCUCUGCUUUUUAUGCAGGAAACAUGGAGGGUUUUGAAAUUUGAUUUGUCUCCACCGAAAAGGAUUGAAUCAACCACCUUCUGCUUCCAUUUCAAACGCGAACCUCCUCCAUCCUGUUCAACCAGAAACCUCUCUCAAGCCAUCUGCUUCACUGCUUAAAACCCAUUUCACAUUCAAACUCCCCCAUUUUUUUCUCUCAUGUCAGCUCCUCCAGUAACAUGGCUCUUCAUGCAUCUCGUGGUCUUGUUUCCUUUUCUUCCGGCUGUGUUUGCGGCCAUCCCUGCCAUUCCGAUGAACUUCACCUGUCACAACACGUGUGGCGCCAUCCCCGUGAAGUACCCAUUUGGCACCAGCUACGGUUGUGGCCACCCGGCCUUUGCUAGAAACGUGAGAUGCAGCUCCACCGGCAAGCUCGAGUUCACUACCGGAAGUGGGAUUUACGACGUGGCCUCGAUCGACUACUCCACCGGGACAAUGAUCAUCACUGACCCUCUCAUGUCGACUUGCGAAUCGAUGCAGAACUCCGGCAGUUUCAGCCUGGAUCGAGCCAGCCCGUUCAGCGUCAUGGAUGACAACAUCUUUGUGCUGCUCGGGUGCUCCACGAACUCUCCAGUGUUCGACCCAUACCAGGAGCUGUGCGCCACCGGCUCGAGCUCUCGCGUUUGUAGGGGCCUGUAUUCUUGCAAGGGAGUGACCGGCAUUGGCCUGCAGCAGAACGCGCCGGUGUCCACCUGCUGUGUCUACCAAUCGCCAACCGGGUUCGGCUCGAGUUAUGCUUUGGAUCUUCCGAAGCUCCAGUGCUCGUCCUACAGCGCCAUAUACGGGUUCGGAGACGACCGUGGAGAUCCCUCGAAAUGGAGGUUCGGGAUCUCCGUGCAGUACAACUAUUCUUACUCUACGGCGGCGUGCACGGACUGCGAAGCGAGCGGGGGAUUUUGCGGCUUCUCCGGCGUGGGCGAGUCGUUCGCUUGCCUCUGCCAUAACGGCGUGAAUACCACGAACAACUGUUACGGCCGAGGAUCCGCUUGGAGUGGAACGUGGGGACCCAAGAGUCAAGCCAGGAUCAUCAUAAAAGGAUUGAUGAUCUGGUGGAUUCUGCUCUCCAUCUCACUGCCUCUAAUCUGAAUGUUCAAUGCGCAUGGAGGAGACUUGGUGAUUUGCUGAAUGCCUUAUCUAAGUUUUCCUGGAGCUGACGAGGUUUCGCAGUUGACCAGAUCACGGCAAAUUUUUCUGGAUACUAGAUCCUAUGGUUUCGGAAUGUGGUGUGAGAUUCUUUGUUCAGAAUUAAUGUGAAUUCCCAAUUCGCAUAACCUCUAGAGUUUGGAAGGUGAAAAGUACAUCCAAGGUUCGUCAGUUUUAAUCGAGUAACAUCAUGAAUCGCAUUUUUCUUGUGUUGGUGGGCUUGCGAUUAAUUUAAGAAAACAAACUAGCAGCAGAAGCAGAUGAUGUGAAUGGAAGUUGAGACCGUCUUCGUGGUCA